CGAAGAGCGUUCGACCCCCCUGCUGGCCUGACGGAAGCCAAAGAGCUUGUGCUCGAGCGAGCGAGAAAAUACACUCUCCUCUUAGAGAAGCCCGACCUCUAUGGUCGCAACCUUGCAACGAGGUCUAUGUCACCCCUCAUCAUUGAAGACAUUGAGAAGCGACAGUUGAGGCUCCCGUUGGAUCGCCUACCCAUUAUCGCAAACUGCUGUCAAUAUCGCGUUCGCCUCGACGGCACAGAGCUCGUGAAAAGGGGCCACAGCGUUAGCCUCGCCAUCCUAGCGUUAUUUCUCUUGAAUGGGGAGAUACUCUAUAAUAGACCAGAUAACGAGAUCCGCGUUUCGGUUGCGCAUAACAAUGUCACCCACUUCUUGAACGCGCAAGCCUUCAACCGGUAUUCACCACCCCAGUUAGCGCACGGUCUUACGUAUAAUAAGAGCUGCAGGUUCAUCGACGUGAAGCUUACAAGACGUGGAAUAAGAACUCGAGGGCAUCUAUGGAAGCUACGUUGUUGUAUCGACACCUCUAAGCUUCCUAAGACGCUUUCAUAUGUCGAAGACAACGGUAGCUUAAGCCGUGACGAACGACGCAAUCUUAUGCUUCUAGCGAACAAGUUAGGCGAGGAGGGGUUCAGCUGUCUCUACGAGGAGAUUUAUAUAUAUCUCAAGCGUGGCGGUACUUUUCGGUAUAGAAACUCCUUUGCGGAGGAAUAUCAAUACUACAUGGCUAAAGAGUUGGCAACAGCAGUAAGUGAAGGUAGGUUGCUACGGUUGGGGGCGCUGUGGAGCCCGUCCGAUAAGUAUAGUCCAUAUCGUGGCAUUUUUAUAUGCGAUCAAUCCGGACCGGAUAAUUUACCGGAUUACGUUUUUACAGCCUCACGAGAGAAGGAGGCCGGUCAUGACAGGCACCUCCCGGACGACGUCGAUAGGCAUGUGUCACUAGAGGUUGACUACACCGUCGGCAAAGGACAGCUGCCACUUUUACGCACUCGGCGCUGGAUUCAUGGUUUAUGCUUCUUUUAUGGAUGUCCUAGAAUUGACGUCGUUUUCCCUUGGCCGAGUACUAUCAAACAGAUUUGAGAUUGCAGUUGUAUAUAGUAGCUAGGAUACAGGUCAUUGACGGUACGGCUUUAUAUAGGUGUCACGUAGCAAUUGAACCAGCCUUUAUAUGCCUCCAUACCGCACAGCGUAAAUGUAGGCGUCUACGUUUUACGCGACAAUAGGAAAUAGUUGUCUCAUCUAAAACUAC